AUGUCACAUUUCUUUAACAAAAAUAAUAAAGUUGAUCAUUCAUUCUUAAAUAAUUUUAGAGGAAUGCCUUUUAAUCCUCCCAAUUUGAACAAUCACCAAAUGGGUAUUUUUAUGGCCGCCUCGAUAGGCAAUUAUGCUCUAGUUCAGGAAUAUAUACUUAACAACAACGAGUCUGUAAACUUCAGAAACAGACAUGGAUGGACUCCGCUUAUGUAUGGGGCACAAGCUGGAAAUAUUGAAGUUUGUAGGCUUCUUCUGGACAAUGAGGCAAACCCCUAA